AUGAGAAAGGCGAACAAUGACAGCAUGUCCCCGCCGCGAGCGAUGACCCUGGGCGCCGGGGGUCGCGAGCCGGUCCACAGCGCGCGCCGCCCGCCAACGCCGCCCAAACACACGCUUAUAAGGCUACUACACUCAUUAUGUAUUAUACGCGACAUCACAUUGACGCGAACACUGAACUAUAAUUUUCCAAAACACCCCCUAGUCAAAUUAAAAGAAAACUUUCGAACUAGUGUAUAUUUUGUAGUGAAAACUUUAGUGCAAUUAUUCGUAGUUGCCAAGUGUACUGUGCGUGACAAACCUUGGGUAAUACUUUUACUAUGCUGUUUCUCCACGUGUGAGGCGAAACGGGAUGACGACUUGCAUAUAGGUGGGAUCUUUCCUAUGGAAGGGGAGGGAGGCUGGCAGGGCGGCCAAGCCUGCAUGCCUGCCGCUGAGUUAGCACUCGCAGAUGUCAACGCGAGGUCUGAUUUGUUAUCGGGAUUUAAAUUACUUCUUCACAGCAACGAUAGUAAGUGCGAGCCAGGGCUUGGAGCGAGUGUAAUGUACAAUUUGCUGUACAACCCUCCACAAAAGUUGUUACUACUGGCUGGCUGUUCUACCGUAUGUACAACUGUUGCUGAAGCGGCCAAAAUGUGGAAUCUAAUGGUGUUAUGCUACGGAGCGUCUUCGCCAGCUCUGUCAGACCGGGCACGUUUUCCGACGCUUUUCCGAACCCAUCCGUCGGCAACGGUUCACAAUCCAACGAGAAUCAAACUAAUGCAGAAGUUCGGAUGGUCUCGCAUCGCUAUACUACAACAGGCCGAGGAAGUUUUUAUAUCUACCGUAGAAGACUUAGAAGCACAUUGUAAGAUGACUGGAAUUGAAAUUGUUACGCGGCAAUCGUUCCUUUCGGAUCCGAGCGACGCAGUGCGGAAUUUAAGGCGACAAGACGCAAGAGUCAUUGUCGGCCUUUUUUAUGUGGUGGCCGCGCGACGGGUGCUUUGCGAGGUCUAUAAACAUAAGCUCUAUGGAAAAUCCUAUGUCUGGUUCUUUAUAGGCUGGUACGAAGAUAACUGGUUUGAAACGAACUUGGAGCGGGAAGGUAUCGAAUGCACGGCUGAAGAAAUGCGGGAGGCGGCUGAAGGACAUCUGACAACGGAGGCGCUGAUGUGGAACCAAAACUCGAAUCAGACCACCAUCUCAGGAAUGACGUCAGAGGACUUCAGGUUUCGCUUAAACGAAGCUCUGCGUGAGGCGGGAUAUGACAUAGAUCGGGAGAAGUUUCCAGAAGGAUAUCAAGAGGCACCUUUAGCAUAUGACGCUGUCUGGGCAGUUGCGUUAGCUUUUAAUAAAACAAUGGAGAAACUACAGAAAAGCGGACUGAGCUUGAAAAAUUUUACAUACACCAAUAAAAAGAUCGCCGAUGAUAUAUACGAAGCUAUAAACUCCACUUCAUUUCUGGGCGUGUCGGGUUUAGUGGCGUUUUCAUCACAAGGCGAUCGAAUCGCGCUGACACAAAUCGAACAGUUGUAUGACAACCAUUAUGUGAAGCUGGGAUAUUAUGACACUCAAGCUGACAAUCUCACAUGGCUCGAACGGGAGCGCUGGGUUGGAGGAAAGGUGCCACCGGAUCGCACAGUGGUUGUGAAUGAGUUACGCACAGUGUCGCUGCCUUUAUUCGCAUGCAUGACUGCCCUAUGCAUCGCUGGCAUACUGGCAGCAAUAGCUCUCAUUGUAUUCAACAUCAUACACAGGCAAAGACGGGUAAUUCAAUGGUCUCACCCCGCCUGCAAUACAGUGAUGCUAUGCGGCUGCUGUGUUUGCUUCGGGUCAGCUAUCGCACUAGGCGUGGACGGAAGAUGGGUUCAACCAAAUCACUUCUCUGGUCUAUGCGCAGCCAGAGCUUGGCUCCUAGCUAUGGGCUUCUCUAUGGCUUACGGCGCCAUGUUUACAAAAGUAUGGCGUGUCCACAGACACACGACAAAGCCGAAGCCUGAGUCAAAGAAACGUAUGCACGGUUGGAAAUUAUACACAAUGGUCGGGGGUCUCCUAAUAGUGGACGUCGCAAUACUAACCGCGUGGCAGAUACGGGACCCCCUGCAGCGGCGGGUGGAAAUAUUUCCACUUGAAGCACCAUACCAUAAUGAUGACGAUGUUCACAUACGACCCGAGCUGGAGCAUUGCGAGAGCGAACAUAAUGCCGUCUGGCUUGGUGUAAUGUACGGGUACAAAGGUCUCGUGCUUGUGUUCGGGUUGUUCCUAGCAUAUGAGACACGUUCAGUCAAAGUGCGGUCCAUCAACGAUUCCCGAUAUGUGGGCAUGAGUAUCUACAAUGUGGUGGUACUUUGCCUCAUCACCGCACCAGUCACUUUGGUGAUAGCAAGCCAACAGGACGCAGCCUUCGCUUUCGUCUCCCUCGCGAUUGUUUUUUGCUGCUUCCUCAGUAUGGCGCUUAUUUUUAUACCCAAGGUAAUAGAAGUAAUAAGGCAUCCUACAGACCGCGCUGAAAGUAGUCGCGGUUCCGGGUCGGGAUCUGCACCGGCUGAUGAAGAACGCUAUAGGGAACUGGUGAAAGAAAAUGAAGAACUACAGAAACUUAUCGCUCAGAAAGAAGAACGUAUCCGAGUUUUAAAACAGAAGUUGGCUGAACGGGAAGCGGCCGCAGCUGAUGGCGUAACCCAAGGUACGAUUGUAGCCGACUUGGUGACUGCCACCUCAGACUAUGGCACCUCCACUAACUACACACGCUCAUCCCGCGCCUCUGUAUCCGAUCUAGACUUCUCUGAGAGCUAUCUGUAA